GUUACUGUUUGCGUUUUUACAACACAAGCUCAAGCUCGUUCUAUUUCGCGCUCUCGCAUUACUUUUCUCGGCAAAAAGCUUGUUGAUCUUCCAUAAACGCUCGUCACAGUCACAGUACGGUACGGCACGAGGAAAAAUACAAAAAGAGGAGUAAGAACUAGUACUCGGGAUAAGAUUCCACAUAGGCCUUCUAUCUCCACGCGGCGUUCAUGAUAUAAUUUCCUCCUCUUUGUAUCAGAAAAUGGGGGCUGGAAGGAAAACACAGACCUUUACUACACCUCAUCCUCAAGACCUGGUACCCUACGGUGCAAACAUGAGAAAUUUGAGGAAGAAUCACCUUGGUGGAGUCAUAUUUGGUUGCAACAAACUCACAAUGGAAGAAUGUCUUUUGAAACAACUCUUUGGCUUACCAGCUGCACACUUUCUCCAUGUAAAGAAUAUUUCUCCUGGCUUGCCCCUUUUCCUCUUCAACUAUAGUGAUAGGAAACUUCAUGGAAUCUAUGAGGCUGCUAGCCACGGCCAAAUGAACAUUAACCCAUAUGGAUGGACCACUGAUGGUUCAGAGAAAACGCAAUUUCCUGCUCAGGUUCAAAUCCGAGUCCGGCUGCAGUGUCAACCCCUGCUUGAAAGUCAGUUUAAACCGAUAAUUGUUGACAACUACUACAAUCAACAUCAUUUCUGGUUUGAGCUUGACCACGCUCAAACAAGUAAGCUGGUAUCACUGUUAGCAUCUGUGGUGGUUACUCCAAGUACUUUGGUACGACAGAAUACAUUGAAGUGGAGAAAAAAUCUUCAAGCUCUUCCCUCAGAUGACAGAAUAGAAGAAUCUGAAGGGCUUGAACCACUGACUUCAGAGGCCAAGCAUGUGAAUCAUUCAAGUUCGAAUUGGGAUGCCACAGUCUUUUUUGGAAGCAACAACUCAUUCAAACACCAAAAAGAUGUGAAAGAGGCUGAACAAGUGGAGCAAGAACUUAUAUACAUGAAACUGAAAGAGUUAGCACUUAAAAGUAAUCUUAAGAAUGAAGGUCAAGACCUGUCUUUAUCAGGAAAUGUUGAAGAUCGCGCUGUCUCGAAUGAAUUGACCUUGGAGGACACUGACAAUCCAAGGGAGCAAUUGGGUUUUGAGGAGAAGAGGGGAGAAAGUCCUCCCUCCUUGUCUGAACAGAAGAGCGGAGAGAGUCCUUGCUCCUUGUCUGUGCAGAAGAGUGGAGAAAGUCCUCAAUCCUUUUCUGACAAUUGGGCAAUCAUAGCUAAGUUGGUUCAAGAGGUGGAGGAGCUAAAGGCUUUUAAGGCAGAACAAUCUAUGAAGAUUGGUUAUUUGGAGCAUAAGUUGGAGCAGGCAGCAAUGGAAAUUAAGCACUUAAAAGUUUGUUUAAAGUUGGAAUCUGAGCCUACACCUUCCAUGUUGGAAUCUGAGCCUACACCUUCCAUGUUGGAAUCUGAGCCUACACCUUCCAUGGUACAUAUUGACGAGAAAGUUGCUGAAUCAUGUGAUCUGCUGCCUCCUGAUCCUAACGAGUCAAUGUAUCUAGUUGGAGGAUAUGAUGGCGACUCAUGGUUAUUGGCAUUGGAUGCUUAUUAUCCUUAUCAGGAUAUGAUAAAAUCUCUGAGACCAAUGACCUCUGUUCGUUCAUAUGCCUCUGUUGCACAAUUGAAUGGUGAUCUUUACGUAAUUGGUGGUGGCAAUAGUCAUCUGUGGUACGAUACAGUUGAGUCAUACUGCCCUGCUACUGACGAGUGGAAGUUGGGCCCUUCCUUGAGAGAGAAAAAAGGAAGCUUAGCUGCAGCUACUACACAUAACAAGAUUUUUGCCAUGGGUGGUGGGAAUGGAGUUGAUUGCUUUUCAGAUGUUGAGAUGCUUGAUUUAGAUGUUGGACGAUGGAUUCGUACACAGUCAAUGUUACAAAAGCGGUUCGCUCUUGCUGCAGUGGAACUCAAUGGUGUGCUUUAUGCGACUGGUGGAUAUGAUGGGCAUAGUUAUUUGAAGUCUGUUGAUAGAUUUGACCCCAGAGAACACAGUUGGACAAAAAUUGCAUCUAUGGAUUCGAAUAGGGGUUGCCAUUCACUGGUUGUUUUGAAUGGAAAAAUAUAUGCUCUAGGUGGCUUUGAUGGAAGUGCAAUGGUCCCAAGUGUGGAAAUUUACGACCCACGGCUUGGGUCAUGGAUGCCAGGGGAACCGAUGAAUCACUGUAGGGGAUAUUCGGCGGCUGCCGUCGUCAAGGACGCCAUAUAUGUAAUUGGAGGGGUGAAAGAUGGCGACAGCAUAGCAGAAACAGUUGAAUGCUACAAGGAGGGGCAAGGUUGGCGGGAGAUGACCACGAGGGCUAUUAGCCAAAGGUGCUUCAUGUCUGCCAUUGCUUUUUCGAUCUGAGCUGAUCAUGCAAUGUUGCAUGCUGUUAAGACCAUUUCAUUUCAUAGCGAAGAGUCUUUUGGUUAAUCGAACCCGUUAUAAAAAAGAGCAUGUACAUACUGUUGAUAUUUAAUGCAUAGAGGAAGGGCUUCUGUUAUCAAACGUGGAUACUUUAUAUUGGAUGAAAUUCUAACUCAUCGGAAUUUUAAAA